AUUGAAAUCUACGUGCGUCUCCAGAGGAACUCACGUGCUACUCUCUCUCUCUCUCUCCAAUAACUUUCCCGGGAAAGUGAAUCGAAAGGAAAAUCCAGAAAGAAAAGAAAAAUCAGAUUUAGGGUUUUUCCCUGUGCAGGGAGAGUAUGUCUCAGACCGGAAAAUUGAUGCCCAAUCUCGACCAGCAGAGCACCAAAAUGCUCAAUCUCACCGUGCUCCAGAGAAUGGACCCCUUCAUCGAAGAGAUUCUCAUCACCGCGGCGCACGUUACGUUCUAUGCGUUCAACAUCGAGAGCAGCCAAUGGAGUCGCAAAGACGUAGAAGGAUCUCUUUUUGUCGUUAAAAGGAAUACUCAACCUCGGUUCCAAUUCAUUGUAAUGAAUCGGCGUAACACAGAUAACCUAGUGGAGAAUCUUUUGGGAGAUUUUGAGUAUGAACUUCAAGUUCCAUAUCUGUUGUACCGGAAUGCUUCCCAAGAGGUUAAUGGUAUUUGGUUUUACAAUCCACAGGAGUGUAAGGAUGUUGGAAACCUAUUUACUAGGAUUCUUAAUGCGUAUUCAAAAGUUCCUUCAAAGUUGAAAGUAUCUUCAAGCAAAAGUGAGUUUGAGGAACUUGAAGCAGUCUCAACCAUGUCAGUGAUGGAAGGCCCUCUGGAGCCAUCAUCAUCUGCCACUGAUGCUCCUGAAGAUUCUUCCUUUCGAAAUUUUUUUGGAGCAGCUACUAGUAUUGGAAACAGUGGUUCAAAUCUAGCGAACUCAAGACAGUCAGCACAGCCCGCCCAUCCUUCUUCUGCAGCUAUCCCUUUAUCUUCUCAUUCACCCAGUGUUGUUUCCUCUCCUGCACCAACUCCACAAAUACCAUCACUCUCUCUUUUGGCUUCAUCUAAUCCAAACCCCCUCCAAGACACUCUUGAUCCAAUCAGCAGCAGCAACCGGGGCUCUAAUCUUCUGAAGCCCUCUUCAUUCUUUGCACCCCCUUCCUCGUCUGCACUGAUAAUGCCACCUAUUUCUUCAUCUGUAUCAAGUACUCCUGCUCUUCAUCCUCCCCUGAAUUUGCAACGCCCAUAUGGCACUCCAAUGCUUCAACCCUUUCCACCACCUACUCCACCACCGUCUCUUACUCCUAGUUCUGCUCCUCCGUUUGAUGGACUGCUUAUUAGCAGAGACAGAGUACGUGAUGCACUUCUGGUGCUUGUUCAGGAUGAUCAAUUUAUUGACAUGUUUUACAAAGCUUUGGUGAAGGUGCACCACCAUCCAUGAGUACCUUUAGAGAACUAGUGAGCUUUCUUUCUGAAGAUUUUCCUGAUCCAAAAGUCUCUGUAAAAUCAGUUGUGUACAUAGCUCUUUUUUCUCUGGUCCCAGAAAUAAUGGCAGCAUAAAUUUCUUUCUGGUUUAACAUCAUUUAAACCCCAGCCAGCCUUCUGGAAGCUUGUCAACUUUGAGAAGUUACUUUCUUGGAGGUUGGAAGGGUGGCGCUCUCUUGUUUGCUUCUGUUUACGUCAAAAUCUUCCUUGAAAUAGAAUGUUUGUAACAUGAAAUAGAGAUUUAUUUUCAUUUCAAAAGUUUUAUUUUUAGUAUUUUAGUUUUUUGGGCAAUUAAAGCUUUAUUUGAUUGACGCCGGUUCUUUAGAUUGUUGUGGGUUGUACUGCUGGUGUCCAAACCUCUGUUAAGAUUUUAGUGGAAGCUUAGCCAUUCUCCAAA